CAAAAAUAACCGCUUGUAUUAUGAUUUAGUAGGAAAUAGACGGAAAAAGAGAAGAAGAAACGGAAGCGUCGGAAAGUAAGUAACGGUGGGGAGACGGAGCUGAACCUGACCCCUUGCGUGAGUGUUACAGUUAAGUUAUCUAACUCGAAACUAUCAUCAAUCUUAUUUAUAAACUCACAAAACCCCUUACGACGACACUUCAUUCAUCCAUCCAUGGUUGCGACGUAAACCAUUCUCUCAAGCGGCGAGCGAGGCUUCUUGCUUUCACAUCAUGGCCUCCAUCACCUCCGUCGAACUCAACUUUCUCAUUUUUCGUUACCUCAACGAAUCAGGUUUCACACAUUCUGCUUAUACUUUUGGUAAUGAAGCUUCUAUCAACAAAUGCCCCAUUGAUGGAAACUUGGUACCGCCGGGUGCUCUUGUUACAUUUGUUCAAAAGGGACUGCAGUACUUUGAGAUGGAAGCCAAUUUGAAUAAUUGUGAUGCAGACCUGGACGAAGAUUUUUCAUUGUUACAACCUUUGGAUCUUAUCACAAAAGAUGUGCAUGAACUUAGGCAAAUUAUUAGUGAAAGAAGGAAAAAACUACAUAAGGAGAGAAGUAAAGAAUUAGAGAAGGAGAAUGAAGCUGAACGCGGACGAGCAAGAGACAAGGAAAGACAUCAUAGGGAGAAAGAAUUUGAAAAGGAUAGGGAGAAGGAGAGGGUAAAAAUUGCUAAAGAGCGUGAACAGCAGCAUGUAAGUAAGACUGACAAAGAAGUGGUCAGAGAUCAAGACAAGGUUAGUGCAAAGCAUGAAGUGAAGACUGACAAGGAAGUGGUCAGAGAUCAAGACAAGGUCACUGUAAAACAUGAAGUGAAUGGAACAGUUCGAGGACCAGAACCCAUGGACAUAUGUACGACAUCAACAUCUCAGCCACGUCAAAUUCCUAGUUCAGAUGUGAUAAUCUUGGAAGGCCAUACUUCCGAGGUGUGUGCUUGUGCAUGGUGUCCUUCAGGAUCUCUCCUUGCAUCAGGGUCCGGGGAUUCAACAGCUCGUAUUUGGGCAAUACCAGAAGGAAGGUGUAAGUCUGGUUCACAGAGUGUCCCUUUGGAUGCAUUGGUGUUGAGGCAUGUUAGGGGCAACACAAAUGAAAAGAGUAAAGACGUCACUUCAAUUGAUUGGAAUGGGGAGGGGACUCUUCUUGCAACUGGUUCAUAUGAUGGGCAAGCAAGAAUUUGGACCACAAAUGGUGAAUUGAAGACUACAUUAAGCAAACACAAGGGACCAAUAUUCUCUCUGAAGUGGAACAAGAGAUGCGAUUAUAUACUGACUGGAAGCUGUGAUCAAACUGCGAUUGUUUGGGAUGUGAAGGCAGAGGAAUGCAAACAACAAUUUGGAUUUCAUUCAGGUCCAACACUUGAUGUUGACUGGCGCACCAAUACGUCUUUCGCCUCAAGUUCUACAGACAAUAUGAUAUAUGUCUGCAAGAUUGGUGAAAACCACCCUACACAAACUUUUGCUGGACACCAGGGGGAAGUUAACUGUGUCAAAUGGGAUCCCACAGGCACAUUGCUGGCAUCCUGCUCCGAUGAUAUCACAGCAAAGAUAUGGAGUGUGAAGCAGGACAAGUAUCUUCAUGAUUUUAGGGAGCAUUCCAAGGAAAUAUAUACCAUCAGAUGGAGCCCCACCGGUCCUGGUACAAAUAAUCCUAACAAAAAAUUGCUGUUAGCUAGUGCCUCAUUUGACUCAACUGUAAAACUAUGGGAUAUCGAACUUGGGAAACUCAUCCACAGCUUGAAUGGACACAGGCAUCCUGUAUACUCUGUUGCAUUUAGUCCCAAUGGUGAGUAUAUAGCCAGCGGGUCUCUUGACAAAUCCUUGCACAUAUGGUCAUUGAAGGAAGGGAAGAUUAUUAGAACAUACAAUGGCAGUGGAGGCAUUUUUGAGGUCUGUUGGAAUAAGGAGGGUGACAAGAUCGCAGCAUGUUUUGCCAAUAAUAUAGUGUGUGUUUUGGAUUUCAGAAUGUGAUUGUGGAAAUGCCGUGUUGUCCUUGCUGGUACAUCGGAUUCUUUCAUUUCUUUCCUUUAGGAUAGAUUGGUGGAAUUGUAUUUUGGUGGAUAGGUUUCCCAUUAUAAUUUUUAGCCAUAACUUAAUGUUCUUGGAUACUGCUGAAGUUUGUUACCAUUAGCGAAAAGUAAUUUAUAGGAGUGCAUCCGUAAAAAGCAAAAAUGUACAGAUUUAGCUGUGGACAACAUCCUGUGUAAUUAUCGCUUGACUUAUGUAGUUUUUAUUUAGUUGCCUUUUUCUGCA